UGAUCAGUAGUGAUCGGAGCGGGCGGGGAGAGAACAGUGCGAAGGAGGAGGAGGGGAGCCGGGGAAGGAGGAUACCGACCCACCGACACCGACUGAUGGACCGUACACAGCCGGGAGAGGUGAAGUGACGGAGCCCCGCUUCUAUAUCUCCGGCCCUGAUCAUCUCACCCUCUGCCCGAUCACCAUUUCUGAUUGUUUGUAAGGCAAAGCACAGUCCCCGCACCAUGUCCACCGUUCAGACCACUGUAGCAGACCUCCGGUCCAGGGCUGGCGGGUAUGAGAAGACCGAUGAUGUGUCGGAAAAGACCUCCCUGGCUGAUCAGGAAGAAAUGAGAACGAUUUUCAUUAACCAGCCUCAGUUUGUAAAGUACUGCAACAACCAUGUCAGCACUGCAAAAUACAAUGCCCUCACCUUCCUGCCAAGAUUCCUGUACUCUCAAUUCAGAAGAGCGGCCAACUCGUUUUUCCUGUUCAUUGCCUUGCUUCAGCAAAUUCCUGAUGUAUCGCCGACUGGUCGCUACACAACCCUGGUUCCACUGCUGUUCAUUUUAGCCGUAGCUGCAGUAAAGGAAAUAAUAGAGGAUGUUAAACGACACAAAGCUGACAAUUUUGUGAACAAGAAGAAAACUCAAGUUCUAAGGAAUGGUGCCUGGGAGAUCGUACACUGGGAAAAGGUAAAUGUUGGAGAUAUAGUUAAAAUAAAUGGCACAGAGUAUAUACCCGCUGACACUAUUCUGCUCUCAUCAAGUGAGCCUCAAGCCAUGUGCUACAUUGAAACCUCUAACUUAGAUGGGGAGACUAACCUCAAGAUCCGCCAGGGUCUGUCGCUGACCACAGACAUGAAGGACAUUGGCACGCUGAUGAGUUUGUCUGGAAAAAUUGAAUGUGAAAGCCCAAACAGACAUCUUUAUGAUUUUAAUGGAAACAUCCGACUGGAUGGACACGGGACUAUCCCGCUAGGCCCAGACCAGAUCCUUCUGAGAGGAGCCCAGCUGAGGAACACGCAGUGGGUCCAUGGAAUAGUUGUUUACACAGGCCAUGACACAAAACUAAUGCAGAAUUCAACAAGACCUCCUCUGAAAUUGUCCAACGUGGAAAGAAUCACCAACAUACAGAUCUUGCUUCUCUUUUGCACUCUCCUUACUAUCUCUUUAAUCUGUUCAAUUGGUUCCUCUAUCUGGAAUUCUCAGCAUGACCAGAAGGACUGGUAUCUUAACUUGAAUUAUGGUGGAGCUAACAACUUUGGACUGAAUUUUUUAACAUUUAUCAUUCUCUUCAACAAUCUCAUACCCAUCAGUUUGCUGGUAACUUUGGAAGUGGUGAAAUUCAUACAAGCGUACUUCAUAAACUGGGAUGUAGACAUGCACUAUGAACCAACAGACACCUCUGCCAUGGCCAGGACAUCUAACCUCAACGAGGAACUGGGGCAGGUAAAAUACAUCUUUUCUGACAAAACUGGAACUUUAACAUGCAAUGUUAUGCAGUUUAAGAAAUGCAGUAUUGCAGGAAAUGCCUACGGUCACUGUGCAGACCCUGAAGACAAUAGAUAUUGUGAAGAUAGCUGCCAAGAGACACCAGAAGAUGAUAAUCAAGGUUUUAUUGAUCCAACUCUACUGGAAAAUCUAGAAAAUAAUCAUCCCACUGCCCCAGUGAUCUGUGAGUUCCUUACAAUGAUGGCAAUUUGUCAUACUACGGUUCCAGAGCGUGACGGAGACGAGAUCAUUUAUCAAGCUUCAUCUCCAGAUGAAGGGGCUCUUGUGCGAGCCGCAAAACAACUGCGUUUUGUCUUUACUGGAAGAACUCCGGAUUCUGUCAUUAUAGAGUCGCUCGGUCAGGAGGAAAGGUUUGAGCUGCUUAAUGUGCUGGAGUUUACAAGUAAUCGAAAACGUAUGUCUGUGAUCGUUCGUAAUUCAUCAGGGAAACUGAGAUUGUACUGCAAAGGGGCUGAUACAGUAAUUUAUGACCGUUUGGCAGAAACCUCAAAGUACAAAGAGAUCACUUUAAAACAUCUGGAACAAUUUGCUACUGAAGGUCUAAGAACACUGUGCUUUGCUGUGGCUGCCAUCCCUGACAGCGUGUAUGAGGAAUGGUUGGAUGUAUACCACAGAGCCUCCAUCUCUGUACAGAAUAGAUCUCUAAAACUGGAGGAGUGCUAUGAAUUGAUAGAGAAGAACCUCCAUUUACUUGGAGCAACUGCCAUAGAGGAUAAGCUGCAAGACAAUGUGCCCGAGACCAUUGAGACAUUAGUGAAAGCUGACAUUAAAAUUUGGAUUCUGACUGGAGAUAAACAAGAGACCGCUAUUAAUAUCGGACAUUCAUGCAGACUACUGACCAAAAAUAUGGGCUUAAUUGUUAUUAAUGAAGGAUCUCUUGAUUCCACGCGUGAAAUUUUAAGUCACCACUGCGGUAAUCUUGGAGACGCGCUCAGAAAGGAGAAUGACUUUGCCUUAAUUAUUGAUGGCAAGUCCCUCAAAUAUGCCUUGACGUUUGGAGUGAGGCAGUACUUCCUGGACCUGGCCCUGUCAUGUAAAGCUGUCAUUUGCUGCAGGGUGUCCCCCCUUCAAAAGUCUGAGGUUGUGGACAUGGUAAAGAAACAAGUGAAAGUUAUCACUCUAGCUAUUGGCGAUGGAGCGAAUGAUGUCAGCAUGAUUCAGACUGCCCACGUUGGUGUUGGUAUAAGUGGGAAUGAAGGACUACAAGCUGCAAACUCCUCUGAUUACUCCAUAGCACAGUUUAAGUAUUUGAAAAACUUGCUAUUGGUCCAUGGUGCCUGGAACUACAACAGGGUCUCCAAGUGUAUUUUAUACUGCUUUUACAAGAACAUUGUGCUUUAUAUAAUUGAGAUCUGGUUUGCUUUUAUUAAUGGCUUUUCUGGACAAAUCCUCUUUGAAAGAUGGUGCAUUGGUCUGUAUAAUGUGAUGUUUACUGCACUUCCCCCUUUGACUCUUGGAAUAUUUGAAAGGUCAUGUCGCAAAGAGAACAUGCUAAAAUACCCUGAAUUAUACAAGACAUCUCAAAAUGCUCUCGAUUUCAAUACUAAGGUUUUCUGGGUGCAUUGCCUGAAUGGUCUUUUGCACAGUGUUGUCCUGUUUUGGUUCCCAUUGAAAGCCCUGCAGUAUGAUUGUGUAUUUUCAAAUGGAAAAACAUCAGACUAUCUUUUACUUGGGAAUAUCGUUUAUACUUUUGUGGUGAUAACCGUGUGUCUGAAAGCAGGUUUAGAGACUUCACAUUGGACCAUGUUCAGUCACAUAGCUAUAUGGGGAAGUAUUCUACUCUGGAUUGUUUUCUUUGGAGUCUACGCCUCUCUGUGGCCAGCAAUUCCUUUAGCACCUGAUAUGUCAGGACAGGCAGUUAUGAUGUUCAGUUCUGGUCUUUUCUGGAUGGGCAUCUUCCUCAUUCCUGUAACAUCACUGCUGCUUGAUGUGUUUUAUAAAGCGAUCAAGAGAACUAGUUUUAAGAAUUUGGUUGACGAAGUUCAGGAACUUGAGGCUAAAUCACAAGAUCCUGGGGCUGUUGUACAUGGUAAAAGUUUAACAGAGAGAGCACAGCUUCUGAAGAAUGUUUUCAAGAAGAAUACAGUCAACAUGUAUCGUUCAGAAUCUGUUCAGCAGAACCUGCUUCAUGGUUAUGCUUUCUCCCAAGAUGAAAAUGGUAUUGUUUCACAGUCUGAAGUGAUAAGGGCAUAUGACACCACAAAACAGAAGCCAGAGGAAUGGUGAAACAUCUUUGCACUGGAGGAGUUUUGUGAAAUACAUCCGUGAAAUAUCAGUUACUAUUUAGGUUCCAAAAGAUCUGUGGUGAAAACUGUCUCACAAUAAAACGACAAAAAUAAAAAAUAAAUCAACGUAGAACAAGUUGUUGAUAUUCAAGCGACCAUAAAAAUUAGUUUAGGUUUAAAGACUAAUACUUGCGAUAAGCCUUGGCUUAGCCAGAAAGGUGUUUCAGUAUUAUUGAUUAGUAAAGAAGGAUCUCUUGCUGCCUUAGUAACCAGCAAGUUUACUACUUCUUCACCAUCAAAGAGCAUCAUUCUACGGGACUGAUGUGCCAGCUGGGAAAUCCAACUAGAGUUCAACACAAAACCAUAAGGUGCGCUAAGCUACAUGACCGCUGUUUACGUCGUUCUGGAGGGUUACGUGUCAAACUAUUUUAAUAAAUACGUUUGCCAAAGAA